CAGACCCCUCUCCCUCCUCGCCUCCCCUCUCGUGUUCCCCUUCGGACUCCCUCCUGGUUUACUCUCUUGGACCCUCGGACCUUCGGACCCCCAGACCCUCCUGCCGUGUACCCGGACCUCUGGACCUCCCUGCCGCCUUCCCGGACCCCCGGACCUCUGGACCUUCCUGCCGCCUUGCCUGACCCCCAGACCCUCCUGCCACACUCCCGACCUCUAGACCUUCCUAGACCUUCCUGCCGCCUUCCUGGACCUGGACCCCCGGAUCUCCCCAACCGGACUCCCGGACCUUCCUGCCUGGACCCCUGGACCUCCCCGACCGGACCCCCGGACCUUCCUGUCUCCUGACCUGGACUCCCGGACCUUCCUGCCUGGACCCCCGGACCUUCUGGCUGCCUUCUCGGACUCUGGAUCUGCCUACUAUAUUCCCGGAUCCCCGGACCCCCCCCCGUCGCCUCGCCGAGAUCCCGCAUCUGGCUGUCUCCUCUGACGCCCCGACCCGCAGACCGCUUCUCCUACCGCCUCGCCGCCUUGGACCUGCCGCGCCUGGCUCCCGUCUCUGGCGCCUUCGUCUUCACCCCCCUGGACACCUCCUUAUUGAUCCUGAAAAACCGGUCUGCAAAAAAUGCCGUCAGUGAAGCACAGGGAAGGGGAGCAACACGUCCAACUUGGCGAAACAUUUAAAAGACAAGCAUCCAGACUUGUACACAGAAUUCAAGUAUAAGCCAGAGGAGGACAGUGAUAUGGACAGGCCGGGGCAAAGCCAACAUCAGUAUACACAACCAACAAUAAUGGACGCUUUCCUGGCACACAAAAAAUAUGACCAUGACUCACGUGAAGCAAGGACAUUGGAUAGGGCAGUUACUGAAUUCAUAUGAAUGGAUCAAGUUCCUGUCUACACUGUAGAAAAGUGUGGAUUCCAGAAAAUGCUUGAAAAGUUCAACCCUAGAUACGAGCUACCAAGUAGAAAUUAUUUCAUGUACACAGAAAUACCCAAACUCUACAGUGAAACUAGAGAACUUAUCACCCAGCAUUUUAGAGAGAAGCCAUUUUAUGCCUGCACAACCGACCUGUGGACAAGCAGGGCUGCGGACACCUUCAUGUCUAUCACUCUUCAGUACAUAACUAAAACAUGGGAGAUGCAUUCCUGGUGUUUAGGCUGCAGUGGCCUGAAUUCAGACCACGAUGCUGAGAGUUUGAGAGAGGCCUUUGAAGAGAAGGUUACGUCUGAAUGGAGGAUGGACCUUUAAAAAAUGGCAGGCAUCACAACAGACAGUGCCUCCAACAACAAGAGAGCCUUUAAAAAUGAUGAGUAUACCUGGUUCCCAUGUUUUGGCCACAUUCUGCACAAUGCAGUCAACCAAGCCAUUGGUAUUGAUAGGGUAUCAGGAGCACUGUCACGGCUUCGUAAAACUAUAUCUGCAUUCACCAGAUCACCAAAGCUUACACGUCAAUUUGACAAAAAACAGUCAGAAAUCAAUGAUCUCCCGGGCCAUAAACUCAUACAUGAUGCAGCUACGAAGUGGAGUUCUACAUAUGACAUGGUGGAAAGGUUCUUGGAGCAGCAGCAAGCUGUGUGUGCAGUGCUGAUAGAGGACAGAAAAAAAUGGCAUCUGAUGCCCAAAGAGGCUGACAUUACAACUUUAGAGAUUGUGAAAAAUUUCCUUGAACCGCUGAGCCCCUUUACUGAUGCACUCAGUGGUGAGAAGAACACAACUCUCUCCUCUGUCUUACCAGUGAUGUGGAAGAUAUCCACCUACCUCAGUGAUGAACAGGAUGACUCUGCACUUGCUGGUCAGAUGAAGCGCGCAAUCAGAGACUAUCUAGAUGAACAUUAUCAGGACAAAAAGUUACAACUGCUUUUAAACACUGCCACCUACCUUGACCCUCGGUUUAAAGACAGCUUUGUUUCACUUGAAGAUGAUGUCAAACAAAAUCUUCUGGAUCAAGUCAGGGAAGUCAGGGAAUCUGCUGCAGCAGAUGUGGCACUGCCAGGAGGCCCAGGACAAGCAGAGCCCUCAGCAAGCCAAGCCAGGCCAUCAAAAAAGACCAAGACUGAUUUGAAACAUCUGCUUUCGAAUAUACAAGGGCAAAAGAAUGGCAGUGAUGCCAGUGCCACUCAGGAAGUGCUCUUCCUGACCCCGAGUGAAAAGUUAAAUGGUGAGUUUCUGAUAUACAGCAGAAUGCCAGAACUUGAUGCGGACUCUGAGCAGGACCCACUACUGGUGGAAAACCCUUGAAAACACACUCCCUCAGCUCUCUGAUUUUGCGAGGGAGUAUUUGUGUAUUGCAGCCACAAGCUGUGCUUCUGAGAGAGUAUCAGCACCUCAGGGAUUAUUGUCACUCCAAAGCGAUCAAGACUGACCCAAGAAAACAUUGACAUGUUGGUGUUCCUUGCCAAAAAUCUUCAAUUGGUAAAGACAAAGUUCAAUAAGCCAUGAGAAGUGAUGCCAUUCUUAUAGGAAUCAGGCAUCUCCAUAAAUGGAAGUAGCAGCAGCACAUAAUCCUUUGGAUUUUUUUGUAAGUAAGCAGUAAGCUGCAGUGUUUUUGAAAUAGUUGAAUACUACAUGACACUUGAUGCCUAAGUAAGCACAGUACACCACAGUAUUUUUUAUACUUGAAGGUUACAUGCAGAGUAUUUUGUUGUUUUUUAUUACUUGAAGACUACAUGCACAAUAUCUUGUUAUUGUUAAUUAUUGAAUGCUACAUGCAGAGUAUUUUAUGUUAUUGCUUAUUACUUGAAAGCUACAUGCACAGUAUUUUGUUAUUGUUUAUUACUUGAGGGCUACAUGCACAUUUUAUUUUACCCUUUAAUACUUGAAGAGUACAUGCCACUGGUAAAGCACAGAAUUUUUUAUUUUUACACUUGAAGGCAACAUGGCAUGUUAUUAUGUUUAAUAGUUGAAGGAUACAUAUACAGUUUUAUUUUAACGACUAGAUAACUGGGUCAGCAUAUCUCCAAAACAUCAGGGGUUGUGGCCUAAGAGCUACUGUAGCACAACUUGCUGAAAUUCUUAAUGCCUGACAUGAUAGAAAGAUGUCAGUGCAUCACAACCGGCUGCAUGUGGAGCUGUGGAGCCUCAGAGUGUCCAUGUUGAUCCCUGAACAUAGCUGAAAGCACCUCAAAGGGGGUAUGUGCACAGCACAACUGGACUGUGAAUGGAAGAAGGUGGCCUGGUAUAAAGUCAGGAUGUGUUGUUUAUCUGGGAAAGACAUGACAGCAGUAGACAUUAUGGGAAGAAGGUAUGCUGACAGAAGUAACGUGAUGCUCUGCAAUGUUCUGCUGGCAAACUCUGGGUUUUGACAUUAAUGUGGAUGCCUAGAGGACAUUGCUAGCUGUCGCUAUCACAGGAGAGCUAGUAACAAAAUCAAAGACUAAUGCCAUCCCGGACACCGCAUGUUUGACCUAUUGCCCUGUGGUAGGUGCUACAGGUCACUCAAGACACGCACAAACAUGUGGUGUCCGGGCCUCUUUCUGAAAGCUGUCACCACACUGAACAAUCACAGAACACAUACCACGACUGAUCCCCAAAAUAUAUGUGCAACGAACCUCAUUAAUGUGAAAUAUCUGAAAUAUCGAACUUUUGUCAAUGUGCA